AGACCCAAACCAUUUUGUACGCCUCGCGCCCUCCUGGACCCACUUGCAGGCGACGGUACUUGCGUAUUGCCCUCAUUGCCCCUGGCCGACGCGCAUACCGGCCCGACUCGGGCUCCUACCCCCCGCCGCACCCAUUCGCGCCUCUCUUUCCCCUCCCGGCUCGCCGCCCCGAACCCUAGAUCCCCAACCGCCGGCGGUGAGGACGACGGUGGUCGCCGGCGACCCGGCUCUGCUGAGGCGACGGCGCGCAUCCAGGAGCGCGCGGCGCGGGGCGCGGCUCCUGGGGUCGUGGAACCCUAGGUUCCUCGGUACCCAGUAGAGAUGGACGACGGCAACGAGAGGUACGCAUCUUCCAUCCAUCCUUGUAUCUGAAUGCAUGCUCUUGGUAUUGAAGUCGAUGAAUGUGUUGGCUUGGGAUGCAAUCGUUGUUAUGCGCGUAAGGAUUUGGGUUUGCUAUCUUGGAUUUGCUUAGCUUUUGUUCUGUGUGUUAUGUCGUUCUGUGUUGCUCCUUAGGGCCGAGUUGUUCGCGCUAGAGAUUAGGGUCCAAGAAUUUGUGACGACGGACUCGAAUGGUAGAAAAAUUUUAAGGAAAGGCACGGUGAUGCGAUGGGAGAUGGAGAUAGGAUCUUUUUCUCUUGAUUUGCUGAUGUCAAGUUUGCUAAAAGAGGUGAAUUGGGGCAGUAACCAGUCUGCCACUGUGUGGUUCUAUGACAAGAGAAUGGGAGAGGAUAUCAGACUAGACAAUGAGAUUCAGAUGAUUGACAUGUUUGAAAUGUACAAGUCCGAGAUGAGCUGUGCGAUAGUGGUAGGAAUAUUUGACAAAGCAUUAGUGGAGAACCAUAUAGAACAUGAAUUCGAUGAUCUAACACCUCUGUGUGUCAUUCCUCCUGAUGAUCCACCUGUUGAUGUACCCACAUCUACACAGCCCAAUCCUACCACUCCACAUCCUGAACCAGACAUAGGUAUCCAACAGCCUCAGCCUCAGCCUCAGCCUCAGCCUCAACCAGAAACAGUAGAUGCUUCUCUGCCUUACCCAUUUGACAUUGAGGAGGAAUAUGUUGGUGUUGAUGAUGAAUAUAUGUACAUGCCAACUCCUCCUGCACAGCCCACACAACCCACAGAACCCCCACAGCCAGCUGAAAAUGAGCAGAAUGAGGGUGGUGUUGAUAAUGCUAAUGCUGAGCCAGAGGUGAAUGAUGCAGAUCCAGAGGAGCUUCAUGUGCUUCAUGAUCCUACCAAUCCCAACAUUGUGAAGGGUGCUUUAUUUCCUGACAUCGUAGCAUUCAGGAAAGCAGUGAGGCAUUAUGCCAUUGUAAAAGGUUUUGAGUUUACUGACCUGAAGACAGACCUAACAAGAUUCAUUGCCAAGUGUGCACAUGAGGGUUGUCCAUGGCGUAUCCAUGCUUCUAGGGUACAAGGUCAAAGAGCUAUUGAGAUCAAGGUUCUACCUGAAGAGCAUAAUUGCCCAACAACCAAGCUUGUAGAAGGCAAGAUGGCUACUCAAGGUUGGGUUGCAGAUAGACUUUCUGACUGGGUGAAGAAGAACCCCCAUAAGGGGACAAAAGAAGCUAAGGAGAAGUUAGAGUCAGAGUUUGGAAUAAAGUUGAAGUAUUCCAAAGCCUGGUCAGGUAUGAAGGUUGCACUUGAGCAAAUUCAUGGUAGAUAUGAAGAAAGUUUUCAAUUGUUAUUCAACUGGAAGGCACAGAUGGAAAUAAGUCAGCCAGGUAGCAUCAUUGAGAUAGAAGUAGAGAAGAUAGGGGAAAAAAUGUGUUUCAAGAGAAUAUUUGUUGCCUUGAAGCCCUGUAUAGAUGGGUUUUUGGCUGGUUGUAGACCAUACAUAGGAGUGAAUGCAUCUAGUUUGAAAGGCAAGUACACUGGAUAGCUGGCCAGUGCCACUUCAGUAGAUGGACAUAAUUGGCUAUAUUAUGUUGCUUAUGGUAUUUUCCACUCAGAGACAGAAGAUAACUGGGUGUGGUUCAUGCAGCAGUUACAAAGGGUUGUAGGGUCCCCAUCUGGUUUAGCCAUAUCAACUGAUGCAUGCAAAGGCUUGGAGACUGCUGUCAGUGCUGUCUUCCCUCAAGCAGAGAACAGAGAAUGCAUGAGACAUCUAUAUGGGAAUUUUCUUAAGCAGUAUCAAGGUGAUGUUUUCACUGAGCAUCUAUAUCCAGCUGCAAGAGCUUACACUGAAUGGCUCUUCAAAUGGCACAUGGAGAAGAUAUUUCAAGCUGCCCCAGAUGCAAUUGACUACCUGGAACAACACCACAACAGGCUGUGGUACAGAUGUGGGUUUUCUGAAGAAAGCAAAUGUGAUUAUCUUACAAACAAUGUCUCAGAGAGUUUCAACAGCCAGAUUAGGCACAUGAAGGGCCUAUUACUGCAUGAGCUAGUUGAUGGCAUAAGGGAGCUCAUAAUGGAGAAGAGGUACCUAAGAAAGCAGAUAGCAAACAAGAUGGCUGAAGGGAUCUUGCCAAAUGUGCUAAAGGAGCUCCAUCAAGUCAGCAGCAAUCUCAGGGUUGUGAAGGUUGCAAGAAGUGAUGAAGACUGUGCAGAGGUUACUUUAGUAGAUGCCUACAACAACACUAGAAGGCAGACAGUGGACCUCAAGAACCAGAAAUGCUCUUGCAGAGUUUGGCAGGUGACUGGAAAACCAUGUCAUCAUGCCUUGCAUGGAUUUUGUCUAACAGAGGUGUACAAAUCUCUGAUUUUGUACAUGAGUACUACUCUGUGGCUAAGUUCAAGGCAGCCUAUGAAGGCAGGGUCACUACAAUGCCAGAUAGGUCCCAAUGGCCUGUAGUGGAUCUUGGUUUCCAAGUUUGGCCACCACUGCAGAAAAGAGCACCUGGCAGGCCUAAGGUUCAGAGAAUCAGAGGAGCCCUUGAGAAAGGGCCCAAAAAGAAGGUUAGAUGCUAUAGAUGCAAAGGCUAUGGACACUUUGCCAAGACUUGCAAGCUUGCAGAACCAUCAGAACCAGCAGAACCAGCACAAGAUGUUACUCCACAAACACCAAGCAAAAGGAAGAGGCAGCCACAAGAUGAAGGCCCUUCUGUUCAACACAAGAAGAAGAAGAAGUCACCAAAGAAGAAGAAGACUCCUAAGAAGAAGAAGACUCCAAAGAAGAAGAAGCAGGCACAAGCAACUGCUGCUCCACCUCCUACAACUGUUAGAAGCCUGAGAGAUUGGCUGGGCAUGUAAUAUGAUGUUGCUGUCAUUCUGAACCUCUGUGUAAUAUGCAUCUGUCUGAACCUGUGUGGAACUUGUGUGUAAAAUGCUGUCAUUCUGUGAACAUGGUGUGAAACUGGUUGUCUUAUGGGUUUGAAUUAGAUGUCUGUCACUGUU